CAAUUCCCCAAGGCGUCUGAGCAGGCCCUUGACCUGCUGAAGCAAAUGCUUGCGUUCAAUCCUCGCGACCGCAUCAGUGUGGAAGAUGCUCUAGCACAUCCUUUCCUAGAGAGUCUGCACGACCCGCGAGACGAGCCAGUAUCGAGCAAACCAUUCGACUUCGAAUGGGAAACCGCCACUCCCCUUACACUUGACUUUAUUAAGGCUCUGGUGUUCAAAGAGAUUAUCGACUGCCAUCCAGAAGCAUACAACGACAUCCCAAAUCCCUUGGCCGACAAAAGCCACCCACAGUACGAGGACAUCAGAAAGACACUCUCGGCCACUGGCAAGCAGUUGUCUGUGUUCGAUGAGGUGGAGCAGGCGAUGAACCCCUCACCAGUCAACGACAGGGAUCAAUUGGACAACUCAAGCAGCACCAGCAGUCUCAGUUCAGGCAGAGGUGCGUAG